UGCAGCUUCUCAUCAUCCUCCUCCAUCAUGUCCUACUCCUCCGCCCAAAGCAGCUCCUCCUACCGCCGCACCUUCGGCCAGGGCGCCUACGCUUCCCCCACGCUCAACCGCACCCUGCUGGGUCACGGCGGGGGCGUCGGCGGGGGCAGCGGCAGCGGACACUCCAGCUCCCGAGUCUACGAAGUGACCCGGACCAGCUCCACGCCGGCGUACCGCGUCUCCUCCGGCUACUACUCCCGUCCCAUCUCUGGCUCCCGGGUGUCGAUGGGCCGCACCUACGCCGGCAUGGGCGAGACGCUGGACUUCAGCCUGGCGGACGCCCUCAACCAGGAGUUCCUGACCACGCGCACCAACGAGAAGGUGGAGCUGCAGCACCUGAACGACCGCUUCGCCAGCUACAUCGAGAAGGUGCGCUACCUGGAGCAGCAGAACCAGGCGCUGACGGUGGAGGUGGAGCGGCUGCGGGGGCGGGAGCCGACGCGCAUCGCCGACCUCUACGAGGAGGAGAUGAGCGAGCUGAGGAGGCAGGUGGAGAUCCUGACCAAUCAGAGGUCACGCAUCGAGCUGGAGAGGGACAACAUGGUGGACGACCUGGACAAGCUGAAACACAGACUUCAGGAGGAGAUUAUUUCGAAAGAGGAAGCAGAGAGCAACCUGGCUGCUUUCAGAGCGGACGUUGACGCUGCCACUCUGGCUCGUCUGGAUCUGGAGAGACGCAUCGAGACGCUGCAGGAGGAGAUCGCCUUCCUCAAGAAGAUCCACGAAGAGGAGAUCCGUGAGCUGCAGGCCCAGAUGCAGGAGUCUCAGGUGCAGAUCCAGAUGGACAUGUCCAAACCGGACCUGACGGCGGCGCUGAGAGACAUCAGAGCUCAGUACGAAGGCAUCGCCGCCAAAAACAUCUCAGGCGAGGACUGGUACAAGUCUAAGGUGUCUGACCUGAACCAGGCGGUGAGUAAGAACAACGAGGCUCUGAAAACAGCUCGACAGGAAACCAUGGAGUUCAGACACCAGAUCCAAGCCUACACCUGUGAGAUCGACUCUCUGAAGGGAACCAACGAGUCUCUGAUGAGGCAGAUGAGGGACAUGGAGGACCGUCAUGGCCGUGACGCCGGCGGUUUCCAGGAGACCAUCGCUCGCCUGGAGACGGAGAUCUCCAACAUGAAGGACGAGAUGGCUCGUCACCUCCGAGAGUACCAGGACCUGCUCAACGUCAAGAUGGCGCUGGACGUGGAGAUCGCCACCUACAGGAAGCUGCUGGAAGGAGAGGAGAGCAGGAUUACCUUACCUGUGCACAACUACUCCACCAUCAGCUUCCGAGAGACCAGCCCUGAACACCAGCAGCGCUCCUCCGAGUUGCAUUCAAAGAAAACCGUUCUUAUCAAGACCAUCGAGAGCCGCGACGGAGAGGUCGUCAGCGAGUCGACACAGCACCAGCAAGACAUCAUGUAA